UAUACCUAUUGAAAACACAAUUUGCAAAGAUAAUGAAACACACUCCUGAUGGACGCAUAUAUUGUGUUACAGCUCUUGUUUCUUAUUGCAUCUUGUAAAGCUUCGAACAGAUCAGCAGAAACACAAAGACAGCAGUAUGAUGUGAUACUUGACGUGAUUUCCACAUUUUGGCAAGAGAAGAGCACUGUUAUAUUGAAAUGUGCGUCCUACCAAGGAAACUUCGACAUCGAUGAUCUGACGUUAGCCUUGAAUAGGCGCAGUUUUUCUUCUACAGUGCUGUCGGUGAAGAGCAAGACGAACUUUCGUCAAAUCCUGCGAUUGACGGAGGGUGUUUACAGCGGAAAACAUCACCCACCAGUUGUAGUUCUUUGUAAGGAUAGCUGGUUACCAACUUUAAUACAGGAGGUGCAAAAAUAUCCUAUUAUCAGAAGAAAUGCCUACUGGAUUCUGUUCAGGACAAAUAAAGCAAAAUCGUUAGCUAGUUUUCUUCCAAACGGGAUGUCGCUUUUUUGUCAAAAAUUGGUAAUCAUCCAGCGAUUGGUGAAAGUCACAGAUAGCAAGGACAAAGACAUCUUCAGAGUAAGCCAGACUACUCGAUGGGCUAUUUUCUCUUGUAACAAUACUCGCCAUAUUGCUACUUGGACGACUUCUGAAGGUUUCACGUUCCUUGAUACUUCGCAAGACAAAUCCAAAUACGAGAGAUUAGACUUUCAAGGCCGGCUUCUCCGAGUUGGCACUCUAAAGAAAAUUCCUCAUAUUACGUAUCAUGUUCGAAAGGAUGAGAAUGUUAUUGGAGAUGAGGGUAUAGAAAACAGCCUCCUGAACACCAUUGCAGAACAUCUGAAUUUCAGCUAUAAACUUGUUUUGCCACCAGAUGGUAUGUUUGGAGCUAAGGAAAAUGGAACUUGGUCAGGUAUAAUGGGGAUGGUUAUGAGGAAGGAAGUGGACAUGGGAUUGACAGCUCUGGUUGUUACGUAUGAAAGAGAGGAAGACAUGGAUUUCACCGUUCCUUACAACUUCGAGUUCCUGACAUUCGUCACGGCCGUUCCUGGUUUCGAACAUCGUGCGUUAGCUAUCAUUCGGCCUUUCACUUGGCAGAUGUGGAUUGUGCUUAUUUUAACACUCGCCUUCUCUGGAAUUUUGAUGAAUGCUGUUGAUAACAUAUCGGCUAAGGUACACCGAACAUCCAGAAGGCACUUGGAAGCUUUUUGGUUCAUCAUCGGUAACCUAACAUCUCAAGGACACCACAUUGAAGUUGCACCAGAACUAAGUGUACGUUGUAUGGCAGGCGCGUGGUUGUUAGUUGCGGUCGUUUUGUUGGCAGCCUAUUGUGGACCUUUGACCUCUCACGUGACCUUUCCAACCCCUCUGAAACCCAUCGAUAAAGUUGGAGAGCUACAAGUGGCUGUGAAAUCUGGGGCAAUGAAAGCAGGGACACUUCAAGGGACUUCAUACUUUCAUCGUUUCAUGCUUGCGGAAGAUGGAGUUCUGAAAUAUCUGGCGGACAAAAUGAGAAAACAUCCUAGUUGGGUAAUGACUGACAUUCAGAAAGGCAUUGAACGAGCCCUCAAGAGUCCUUAUGCUUUCAUUCAUGGAAGGGUUGUUCUUUCCGCCCACGCCGCCAUGUUAGGUAGAGACAGGUUCCACGUUUCCACUGACUGCUUCUUUUCAGACACUUUUGCUUUUCCUCUUCAAGACGGUUCUCCUUUAAAAGCCGAGUUUGACAAAGUUAUCCGUCGAAUUUGGGAAGCAGGAUUAGUAGUACAGUGGGAAAAAGAACAAUUGCGAAGAUAUGACAAUCGAGACCUUAUCACCACUGAAGAUCCUACUGACGCUUUUACGUUGGUUGACAUUCAAGGAGCAUUCAUCUUGUUUGGCAUGGGCAACGCCAUGGCCUUGAUAGCUUUCGUUGUGGAAAACAUAAUCCAAUGUCUGAAAUGGAUCAUUAAUUCAAAAACCGUGUAACAAAAUGGGAAUAACAAAACUAAGGAAUCUUAGGAAAGAAUAAUUAUUCAGAUACACUCUUUUUGUAGGAUCUUUAAUUUAGUUUGAAUAUUAGUAUUCAUUUGUUUUAAAUUAGAUGCAGGUGCUGAAGGUAGUAUAUAAAAAUAUGUAUCACACAUUAGUUUUUAAACUAUAUUAUUCUAUUUUGUUUCAUUGCACUGCCCCAAAACACUAAAUCUAGAUACCACAAUUUUCCGGGAGAUCAAAUUACUUCUCCUAUGAUGGUUAUAUGGACGUUAUAUUAAGUUGAUAGUAAUUAUGUAAUUAUUUU